GGACUGUUUUACUGUUGGACUUGUUCUACAGGGUAAUGUGUCCGCCUGCAGUCCUUCAGGGAUGGAUGAAGACACACCAGAUGAAGUCCUCACAGACAUAAGGACCAGGAAGCUCGGAGCCUGGGGUAUUGCUCAGAUCGCUGCUGGCACUGGGCUCGGUGUAUAUUUCAUGUGGGUGGGAAUCCUUCAACCGGGCUUCCGAAAGGUCCCACUGAGGCUGCAGGUCCCYUACAUUCCUGCCAGCAAAGCUCAGGUGCAAAAUGUGAUGACCCUCCUGAGAGGACGGAAAGGGGGUCUGGUGGAUUUGGGAUCUGGGGAUGGUCGAAUUGUCUUGGAAGCCCAUCAUCAUGGUUUUAGUCCAGCUGUUGGUUAUGAGCUCAACCCCUGGCUUGUGCACCUAGCUCGCUUUUAUGCCUGGAGAGCAGGUCACCAUGGCAAGGUUUCAUAUCGACGAGAAGAUCUCUGGAAGGUCGACUUGACAAAAUGCAAGAAUGUCACWGUGUUUUUGGCUCCUAGUGUGCUUUCAUUGCUGCAGGAGAAAUUGCAGACCGAGCUUCCUGAUGAUGCCUUAGUGGUAGCUGGRCGUUUCCCCCUCCCAGACUGGAAGCCCUGCAGGAUCGAGGGCCAAGGUGUGGAUAGGGCCUGGGCAUAUGACAUGCAAGCACAGAGACAGCACAACUUAAAGAAAAAUAAUAAACACAUGRCAACAGGAAGUCAUGCAGACGAUGAAAUAAUCAAAGAAAACACAUCUUGAAAGUGCUUGGAUGUUCCCUCCUGCAAUAGAAAAUGGAUUUUACCUUUACAUAACUACUAAGAUGAAACAGAAAUACUGAAGAUUUUAAAACUAAUUUGAGUACUUUUUAAUUGUAUAUAGUCAUAAAAUUUUAAAUAUACCCCGUUUUAAUUAAUAAAUUUUGCAUAUCAGGACAGAAAAUUAUCUUGUUACAAGAUCUCUACAUUUGGGUAAAUAUGGCCUCAGAUGAACAAUAAAGGACAUCUCAAACUCAUUACCCCCUCCAAGCCAAGGAGGUAACAUUUUUAGUAGUGCUGGUUUGUCUGUCUGCCUCUGCACAAGAUUACUCAAGCUAUGAAUGGAUUUUCAGGAUAUGUUGAGGUUGUCAUGAAGAACAAGUGAUUACAUUUUGGUGGUGAUCUGCCUCACCAUUCAGAUCUUAGAGUCUUGGUGGAAAUGUGCWCUCAGAGUGCUUUUAUGUUUUUUUUAUAUAAGAAAGUAAAAUCUAGAGUUUCUUUAAGUGGGGUUGGCUAUCUUGUACAACAUCUUUUAAUAGGAGUAACCUGAAUGAAUCAUCUUGGUGUAAUCUUAUCAGUCUCUCACAUUGCAGUUAUUUUUGCUUGGACUUUGGUCAUUGCAAGUUUCUUUUUCAGUCAUUUUGUUGUAGAUUUGCUGCUGUGUUUUAGUUUGUUAUCCRKUUGCAUGCACCCGUUUCAGACAGCUUUUGUUUAUCAGACAGCCUUAUC